AUGCCAUCGAUCGACUGGUCGGCCCUCGGGCCAGUCUCACUGCUCGGCUCAUUCUCAACACUCUCCUUCCACAACCCAGCCAGAACAAACAACACCAUCAUCAACUCAAAACAGGCCAUCCUACUCUCCCAUCCCAUCGAGCAGCACCAGCAGUCAGAACCAACCAUCAUCGCAUCCACCAACAUCGGCGGGGCGAUACACGCCAUCUGUUUAACAAAGUCAAACCAACUCAUCAUCGGAGGCCGAUUCGACGCUCUCAACUCAACCAGCGCAACCAGCAACAUCGCCAUCUACAAUCCCCAAUCCCACACCCUCCAGCCCCUCUCAAACUCAUCCUCAAUCCAGGGCAGCGUAUAUGCUAUCGACUGUCUCAACGACGACCAGAUCUGGAUCGCAGGCCAGUUCCAAAACCCAGUCUCAAACGACCAGAUACCCAACCUCGUCAGCUACUCAGCCAAGACCCACACCUUCCAAUCACCCAACGCUCUCAACCUGCCCGACUUCAACGGCCCCAUCUACUCGCUCGACCAUCUCAUCAGCCCUGCAGGCGAAAGCCUCAUCAUCGGCGGUCAAUUCUCAAUCCCAAUCAACACCAACAACCCACAGCAACAGUCUACCUCAUCAUCCACCCCUCUUCAAUCACUCGGCUCAUCACUCGCCCCCAUCCCACUCUCAAACCAAGCCACCUGGUCUGCUUCCCCAGAGAGCGCCAACCAAGACUACAGGGACCCCCAAGCCAUCUUCUGUCCUCAAACCCCAGAUGGCCCCCGUAGCAGCUGGGAACUCGAUCACAACUUCGACAACGGUGCCUUGACCAUCAACCUCGGCACAUCCGUCCCAGUAGGCGGAAUCAGACUCGGCAACUCAUUUGCCAACGGCGGUGGCACCGCUGGCUUCCAUCUGGUUUCUCUUCCAGAUGAUCAAGUCUUAAACCUAACCUUCAUCAACCCAAUCACCAACCAACUCGACAGCUGCACAACCAACUGCACCCUUUCCCGUGACCUCAACAUACCCUUCCAAGACUAUCUCUUCCCUCCUAAUACUGCCGUCAACGGCGUCCAACUUGUCAUCACCUCCAAGUUUGGUAACGUGGCUGGUCUUCACUUACUCCAACUACUCUCUCAGGGUAACACAGCAUAUGCGGUCGACCAACUCAACAGCGGCCGCACCUGCCAAACCGGUCUCGGUGCUGCCGGCCAGAAUACCGUCAAGACCACCGGGAACUGGAACUCCGCCAAGGCCAACACCAACCUGCCCGGGACCGUUCAACCCGUCCUGACUGCCUCCGUCCCCCCCGGAACGACCCCGGACCGAGCACCCACUCUGACCUGGACCAUGUGGGUCCCACAAUCUGGCCACUACGAGCUCGUCCUCCAAACACCAGGAUGUGCGGCCAUGGGCGAUUGUGCCUCGCGUACCACGCUUGCCGCCACCACCUCGCUGGUCGAUGGCCCAGCCCUCCGGACCAUCGUCGAUACCCGAAGUCCUAACGAUACCUCGACAACACUCUACAACGGUACUCUCACCGAUAUCCCAUCCGGGGGAGGUGAUGUGACGGUGACCAUUCGCUUAGCCGAUACCGUCUCGGGCUCCUCCCCAGUGACGAUGGUCGCCAACCAACUCGUUCUUCGCUCCAACCCUCUUCGCUCCCACCUCCCUGGAGUCCGAUCCAACGGUGUUUACGAACACGUCAUUGCUGGCAAAGGUGCCUUUGGCGAUGGCUCCACCCUGGCCCCUGCCCCGGGAGGAGGAGGAGGCGAUCUCAAAGAAACGCUCACUGCGGUCGAUCAACUUGGCCUGCGUCUACGUCCUGACUCGGCCGUCCGCUCAGUCAUCGGUGAUGACCACCUCCUCUUCAUCGCUGGUAACCGGCUAUCCGUCGUGAAUGGCACCUCUGCCGUAGCCACGACGACGAUGGCGCUCGUGCCCAAUGGCGGCUUGAACGGCGCGGUAAAUGUCCUGUUGACUGCGAACGGCGUGCUCUAUGCCGGUGGUAACUUCACCGCGACCGCGGAUGGUGCCGUCAAAGGAUUGGAUGGACUCGCAUGUUGGAAGUAUGGUGCAUCGAGCACCCGAUGGGAGUCGUUCUCCGAUCCGGGAUCGACGGUCGGCUUCCCAGUCCAAGCCUUCCAAUUGGCUGGUGAUUUCUUGUACGUCUUUGGACGCUCGACCGACAUUGGCGGCCGAGCCCUCGGCAUUUUCAAUACACGGAGCGCCAGCUGGGUCCCCUCUACCGUGGGAGUUUACUUUGGGCAGCUCACGGCAGCGGCGACUCGUGCUGGCGACCACCCGAUGCUCUAUCUGGCUGGGAACUUGGAUGCGAUGGGCUCGUUUGAGGCACCAUCGGGUGCAUUGCUCUCCACCGGCUCCGGGGGUACGCCAUCCCUAAGUGGACUAAAUUUCCAGAUGAACCAGCUCGCCAGUCAAGCCGAAGGGCUUGCCUUCCGUGCCAAGACUCAAAACAACCUGGCCACCGAAUCUGUUGUCGUCUCUAACUCAACCGCCCUCUCAACUCGCUCCCUCCGCCAGUCCAUCCAACGCAGACAGGCCCCAGUGACCAAUAGCAAUCUGAACGUAUCGCUGCCCUACGCCUUGACAGGUACCAACGGUCCUACGAUUCUGACUGGGGCGUUUUACAAGGAUCGCCAACUGAUCAUCGGGGGCAGGUUUGUCAGCGGCAACUCGGUCUCGAAUGUGGGAAUCUACGACCUGUCAGCCUCGGAGCUGCGGCCGCUGAACGGAAGUCAACUGCUGGACGGGGCGGUACUGUCGAUCAAGAUUGUGAAUGAUGUGGCCUGGAUCGGUGGGCUGUUUGUGUCGCCGAGUGGGAAGAACGGCUUGGACACGUACAACCUGACGUCGGGCAAAUGGGCGACGGAGACGAUGGCAGGGGUGGGAGCGUACCCUUCGACUAACGUGUCGGUGCGGACCAUCAAGAGUCGGUCGGGCGGGGAUGUGGUGGUGGGUGGACGUUUCCAGCGGGUGGGCAGUCUGUCAUGCCAGUCGAUCUGUCUGUGGUCGGGACCGAACAACCAGUGGUACAGUCUGGGCAACGGGCUCAAGGGGGUGGUCAAUGCGCUCGAAUUAGUGGGCAAGGCGCAGGACAAGCUGAUCGCCGUUGGGCGCUUCGAGCUCAACCAGACCGUGCAGGACGUCGGGGUGGCCCGCUGGGUGCUGGACUCGGCCACGCCGCUGUGGACCCCGUUAGGCUCGCAGGAGCGGAUCCCGGGUACCGUGCGGACGAUGGCGGUCGGCGAGCUGGCGCAUGAGGAGCCGGACGGCAUGUUCAUUGCGGGCCAGCGGGCCGCGGGAGACUCGUUUCUGAUGCGCUGGCAGGGCGACGACUGGGCGGCCGUCUCCGGGCUCGACCCGGCCUCGCAGAUCGAGCACAUCGCCUUCGUCCCCAUCCGUAACCCCAGCACAUCCAUCAACACUCUCAAUGGCAUCAAGAACGAUCGCAUGCUGCUCGUCUCCGGUUGGAUCAUCCUCCAGGACAACUCCCCUAUCAAACUCGCUGCCGUCCUCUACGACGGUCAAUCUUGGUUCCCCUACCUUUCGGCCGCUGAUUAUAAUAGCCAACCGGGGAUCUUGGGCAGGAUGGUCACGGCUAGUGAAGGCUUCAAGAGCACUCUUAGACGUAUCCAUUCGGUUGUCCAAGUGAUCUUUAUCAGCAUGUCAAUUGCGUUAGGGAUCGUGUUGAUAGGGGUAUUGAUUGGUUUCCUGAUCGGCUACAAGAAGCGAGCGGCGGCGAACCGGAAGACGAUGUAUGGGGUGGACAGGACGCUCGGCGGGGGGCCGGGGGGGCUGGAUGAGGAAGACGAGUCGGAGGGCGAUGGGCCGGUGGUCCGUCGGAGUGCGGUCCCAGGAGGGGCGGCAGACACCGGCAGCCGCCGGUCGAGCGGCAGCGGCAUCGAGACCCGCCGCGCCCGGCGGCCCACUUCCCUCUUGGCCACGAUUGACGCCGCGACGGCAGCGAUGACGGAGCGCAUGCAGAGCCGGAAAACCGUGGACCCUUCUUCCGAGGACCAUAAACGAGACGCACUCGACGACGACGACGACUCGUCGGAGGACGAUGGGAUCCCGGACCUCGCCAACGAGAAGAUCCAGCCCGCCGUCUUCCCGCCCUCCCCCAUCGGCCCCGAUAACGACCACCAACCCGGGUCCCCUCGCUCGCCUGACCACGACCUCGAUGAUGGCGACCACCUCGGGCUGUUGGCCGAGACGGACGUCCGGCGCGCUCGUUGGUCGUUCGACCCCCAACUCCCGGGUGAGAUCGCGGUCGCGGCGGGCGAGUCGGUCGAGGUCCGGGACCGAAGUAACCAGGAAUGGUGGCUGGUUCGCAGAGCCGACGGGGUCGAGGGCGUCGUUCCUGCCGACUGGUUCUUGUGA